GUUUCCGGCGACCGGGGCGGCCCUUUCCUCUUUUUUUCUUUCUGUUGAUCUUUUCCCCUGCUUCCUUUUUUGUCCCAUUUCCCUCUCUGUCGUUGGUUGUUGUUUUCCUUCCUGAUGCUCUUGGUCAUUUUCUUUCCUUGCAUUGUGGUUUUUUCCUCUCUUUCGUCGCCUCUUCCACCCUAGCGGAUGUUUUUCCAGUCUCCUUGUGAGACGCUUUUGUUCCCCACCUGACUGGUUUCCAGAUCUGUGUGGAUGCUCCCUUGGUAGGUGGUUAAGGGGGCCGAUUUGUCGGUUCGUCUGCUCCUUCCUGGUCUACCAUCUACCUCCACAUUAUUCAUCCAUAAAUGAGGAUGAAUAUAGGAGAUGUAUGGACCAUUUGUUGUCUUGGAUGUCAUUUCAGGAAGCUUGUGGGCAGGGAAAUCUUAUUCGGAGUUGGUGCUCGGUCGAUUUGCUCUGAUCGGAGGUGGAGCUCGGAGCCGGUUCUGGGUACGGUUCUCCCCGGUGAUUUUGUUGCUUUCUGCUUCUUGCGGGCGCAUCGUCCUUCAAUUGGAGCCGCUGGUGGUUAGAGAUGUGUCUCUGCUUCUUCCGUUGUCUCCCCGGCGAAGGACCUGUGUGGGCAGAGUGGUUAAAGGCGGCGCUGGAUCGGAGAUGGAGAAUGCAGUUGGCGGCCAACUUCUUGUAGAUUGGGCCGCUGGGUUAGGGUUACCUAGGGUG